CCCUGAUUGGCUGUGCCGGCGUGGAAUAUAAGUGGAAGCGUCGCGCCCGGCGGGCAUUCCAGCGGCGGACAGCACUCGGGCCGAGAUGUCGCUCUCAGUGGCCUUAGCCGCGCUCGCGCUACUCUCUCUUUCUGGCCUGGAGGCUAUCCAGCGUACUCCAAAGAUUCAGGUUUACUCACGCCAUCCACCAGAGAAUGGAAAGCCAAAUUUCCUGAAUUGCUAUGUGUCUGGGUUUCAUCCAUCUGAUAUUGAAGUUGACUUACUGAAGAAUGGAGAGAAAAUGGGAAAAGUGGAGCAUUCAGACUUGUCUUUCAGCAAAGACUGGUCUUUCUAUCUCUUGUACUACACUGAAUUUACCCCCAAUGAAAAAGAUGAGUAUGCCUGCCGUGUGAACCAUGUGACUUUGACAGGGCCCAGGACAGUUAAGUGGGAUCGAGACAUGUAAGCAGCAUCAUGGAGGUUUGAAGAUGCCGCAUUUGGAUUGGAUGAAUUCCAAAUUCUGCUUCCUUGCUUUUUAAUAUUGAUAUGCUUAUACACUUUAUGCAAAAAAUGCAGAGUUAUAAUAAUGUUAACAGGGCGUGACCCUUUUUAUAAUUCUACUUGGAGUGCUAUCUCCACGUUUGAGGUAUCUGGACAGGUAGCUCUAGGAGGGCUGGCAACUUAGAGGUGGGGAGCAGAGAAUUCUCAUAUCCAACAUCAACAUCUUGGUCAGAUCUGAACUCUUCAAUCUCUUGCACUCGAAGCUUGAUAAGAUAGUUAUGCGUGUAUAAGUUUACUUCCAAUUUACAUAUUGUGCUUAGAAUUUGGAGGAAAAUUUUAGAAAUUGAAGGGUUAUUGGAAAUUUGUUAUAAUGAGUAAAGUCAUGAGAUUCAUAUUUACUUCUUAUACAUUUGAUAAAGUUAUGGUUAAUCUGGUUCAUUUUUGUUCCACGAGUCAAAUAAAACUAUGAAAUUUGA